CGACCGGACGGUGCUAUGGCCACCAAGCGUCACGGAGCGGCAGCGCCGGCGGCGGCGAAGCGCGGGAGGCGCGAGGCGCGCGCAGAGCUCUGCGCGGCCCUCGGGGACGCGGCGCUGCGGGAGCGCGCGGGGGCGGCCUGGGCCCGCGGGGAGCGGCUCCGGCACGAAGCGGUGGUGCUGGAGUCAGCCCCGUUCCGCCACGCUGUCAUUCCCGGUUUCCUGGCGGGCCUGGCUUUCGCGGAGGCGCUGCGGGAUGAACUGCUGGGUCUCGGCUUCCGCGGACGGCGCAACGACCUCCUCUCGCUGUGGCAGUCCGAGGAGCUGGGGGCAAGCCCGGAGCCCCACGUCGCCGCCCUGAGGCAUGCUCUGUGUGAAGAAUUCCGAGUGUGGCUUUCUGCUGUGACCCAGAUAGAGCUGGAGCCAACUAUUGACAUAUCCUGUGCUAAAUAUGAAUAUACUGAUGUGUUGCUGUGCCAUGAUGAUGAACUGGAAGGUCGGAGAAUCGCUUUCAUCCUGUACCUUGUCCCACCCUGGGAGAAAAGUGAUGGAGGAACGUUGGAUCUGUACAGCACAGAUGAACACUUUCAGCCACAGCAAAUCACCAAGUCAUUAGUGCCUUCAUGGAACACGCUGGUUUUCUUUGAAGUGUCUCCAGUCUCUUUCCACCAGGUGUCAGAAGUUGUGUCGCGGAAGUGCCGCCUGUCAGUGAGCGGUUGGUUCCACGGCCCGUCUGUGGCCAGACCUGCACGGCACAUUGAAGCGCCCUUGGCCAGGAGCCCACACAUCCCCUAUGAUCAUGAAAUAUUAUAUGAGUGGAUCAAUCUAGUUUAUUUGGACAUGGACUCCCAAGCUCAAAUCCAGGAGGAAUUUGAGGAGCAAUCAGAAAUUCUCCUGAAAGACUUUCUUAAGAAAGAGAAAUACCAACUACUCUGUGAAGCAUUGGAGAACAAAGAAAUCCGGUGGAGUAGUCAUGGGCCAGCCAAUAAAAGACUCUAUGAGGCAGCAGAGGAAGACAGCCUCCCUGACACUCUGAAGAAAUUCCUGCAGCUGUUGCGCUCUGAGGCCUUGUUUUUACUGCUUUCCAACUUCACUGGCCUAAAGCUGCACUUCCUGGCUCCUUCUGAUGAGGAUGAAGAUGCUGGGGAGGGACAAGCAGCGGACACCACUGGGCACAGCAGUCCCAAACCUAAGCAGGAAGAGACUGAACAACCUGCUAAUGGCAAUCCCCAUCAGCCACACCAGUCUGACAACACUCCUGAAGCACAAGACAGUGAGACACAGAGCGGCUCAGGCACCCCUGUGUGUGCGGGGGAGCUGCGACGCUGGACCCAUGGGCACUACACUCUUGUCCACGACUCUCAAGCUACAGAAUUUGCUCUUGACCUGCUCUUCUUCUGUGGCUGUGAAGACUGGGAUCCUGAAUAUGGUGGCUUUACUUCCUACAUUGCUAAAGGUGAAGAUGAAGAGCUGUUGACAGUGAAUCCAGAGGACAACUGCUUGGCCUUAGUUUAUAGAGACAAAGAAACGAUGAAGUUUGUGAAGUACAUCAACCAUCGAAGCUUGGCACGCCUGAACAAGCAUCCAAACAGAACAGGAUUUUGGGAUUUUUCCUUUGUCUAUUAUGAGUGAUGGUGCAGCGUGACCACUGUAACAGAGAACAGUGGUGGGUGGUGGGCAGGUUCCUACUCAGACGUUCAGCUCUGACGUAAGCACAGACAAACUUUGCUCAUGCAACUCCAUCACACUGUAUAGUGGGGGGGCAGGUGGUUUUUUUAACUGCAAAAAUGGAAAUUAACUCUUCUCUUGAGUCCAUUGUAACACACACUCUCAACUGCUUUUAAUGUGGGUGGGGUAGUCACACAACUGUCAACUUUCCAGCUGUUCUCUCAUGGGAGCAGCACAGUGGCAUCUCUGACCUGUCAGGGUGAGAAUUACAACUGUACAUUGCCCCAAGCUGAUGACAGAUUUUAUUAAAAAAAAAAAAAAAAAAAGGAAAUGGGUCAGUUAAAUGUUUCAUGGACUGGUGGGGCAAGUUUUGUUACAAAAUGUCCAAAAUAUUUUCUAGGGCUUAACUGUGUUCCUGUUUGUAGAGAGAAAAAUAAAGGAGCUGCCAUGGGAAAUAUGAGGUUUUUCCAGCUGCACAACUCUGUGGAGUUGGGAAGGAAGACAGUGAGGCUAUAAAGGCAUUGGGAAGGACUUGGCACCAUAACAAGGAGCAGGACUUUAUUAUGCUAAAUGCUGUGCAGACAGACCUAGAUGCAGCCCUUUUUCCAAGGAAUUUACAAGUUUAACAGCCAAGAAGAAACCUGCUCCUGCACACUCUCCUUAGGAGGGUGUACAGACAGCUCCCACCUCCAGCCUCAGAACAGGGGCCAGGGACUAGCAGCAGGAAUGAGGCAACUUACCUUUUAGUGGCUUGGCAUCCACAGGUACUAGGGAGGCCUCAUGCCCUUUUAGUUAUGUCCUGGGAUCUGCUGGGUGUUAAGAUGGCUUCUGUCACUGGAGAUCAGCUCAGAUGUUUCAAGGCAGCAGCCAGCCAAGUCCUGUGGUAAACACGGCAAGAAAGGCAGUGAGCAUGGCCUUGGUGCAACACCUCCCUGCACGUUUUUGAUACUGUUUACCUGCCCCACAUUCACUGCAAGCAGGACUGCCAGACUGACCUCUGAGGUGUCCAGCCCACCAAGAGGUGCAGCAAAGCUGUACUGAUGCUUCAGGAGACAGCCAGAGUGCAGAACACCCUGCUGGAGGCUCGGCCCUGGCCUGCACCUGCUUGCCUGAAACUUUUUUUUGGCACUGAGGCACAGGUGUUCUUUCAGCUCAUCCAAGCCCGACAGUGCAGGCCACAGGCUUGCAGUAAGCUGGGGAGUGUGCAUGUUUCAUCCCUCCUCUCUCUCCUAGGUGGGGAGAGGGUAGCUUUGGAUUAGUCUGCUCCUUCUCCCAUUACAGGCCUGUUGUUGGAGGCCACCACAGUGGUGUAAGACCACAGCUGGCAGCAGAGGAGCAGUAAGCUCAAAAGCAAGGCUCACUGCUGACAUGAGUACUCUGCACCCUUUCCCAAGCAGGUGGGAUGUCCUGUGGGCAUGUCUUCAUGAAGAUACAGGAGCAACAGCCUUCAGCUUCAAUCCCAAUACACAAAGUUCAAGAAAGGAAUCCCUGAGGCAGUUGGCAGGAACCCAUACCAUUGCUUCCAAACGGAAAGGUAUCUCAGCCCCCCCAGCUACCAGAGCAAGGGGCCAACGCUGCUGUUAGAGAGCUCUGUGCAGGACUCUAGCUCUAGUGUCAGUUCCAUCCCAGAUGAUGAGCAGCUGCUCAGUUCUAGCUACUCCCUCAUGCUCUUUUGGGCGGGAAGGACAGUUGGGAGGUGGUUGCCCCGAGCUGCUGUUGCAAGAUCUUGUUCAUAUUCCGACUUGUUUCCCUAAGCCAGCAUCUCUGUGCACUGCCAAAACUCUCUUGCUCAGUUUUAAGCUGCCUUUGCUACUUACAAAGACAAGGGGAUGAAGCUAGAAACAAAUCCUGAAGCGAGGACAGAACUUGUGAAUCAUGGUUUCUGAGGCACUCUGCUGCCUAUUGGGGCAGUAGCUCUUCCUGGGAAGGAAGUAGUUCUUAUUCUGAACUCUCCACUACACUGAAACAAGUAACGGAGGUUUCAAAGAAAAAGAAACAAAAUUAUUUUGGUAGUUUGGAACAAAAGCAACAGACACCACAGCUAUUCACAGCAUAGUCUGCUAGGCAAAGUUGGGAGCAAGUCAUUAACAAAACAGAAUUACUUCUUUGACUGCAUUGUGAGCCUAAGAAUGUGCUUGGUAGAUCUUGGAACAUCCUUCCAGGAGACUGGGAAGAAGCUAGGCUCUCUAGAGCUUGCUGUCUUUUAAUACUAAGUAUUACACUAGAGGGCAUACCAGCCUCUGCUUGAACAAGCCCCUAUCUACUUGAUCAUACAAGGAACUACCCCUUCUGGUGACUCAGAUGAAGUAAUUUAAGAAGCCAAAUUUGCAGUUAGCUUUCAAAGGUUUAAAAAUGAGUAUGUCUCUGCUCUCCCACCCUUCUUGUUAGGUCCUAAAGCCACAGGCAGCCCCAGGCAUGACUGGUGCUGCAGGUACAGAAGAAAGACUUCACCCACUAAAAUUUCAAAUAACAUGAGCUGCUGGAGGACAAGGGGCCUUCAUUUAUACAGUGCCAGUAAUGGGAGCUUUACAGAUGCUCUUGCUGGAUACCAAUCUGUAUUUACAAUUAGGUGUAGCUCCUUGCAAAGUAUGUGCAUUUUUCAUUUGGCGAAGGUAAAAGUUGGUUUUACAGGAAAAUAAAUGACAAAUUUGCUGUCAGAAACUUAGGAGAAAUCAGCCUUACCAGAGGUCUGCACAGUGAGUGAAGGUCUGACAUCACUGCCAGGAGCAAACCAGAGCUGGGACUGGCAGUGCCUGGUGCGUAGUCCUGAAAAUCAGGCUGAUGGGAAAGCUGCUUUCUGAUCAGAGCCGCUCUCUUGCUCUCUUAUCAUUACAUGGAGUACAUAAAUGUAAGCAAGCAAGCAUUAGGAUUUUGAACAUAAAGAACAAAAGGUUGAAACAGUGGGAACAGGUACAGCAAGUGGCAGAAAGCCCAGCACUUAUGCCAGGAGACUGUUCCAUAAUCAAGUCUCUGAGCUCACUCGCUUAGAACAGCAUGGGUGGCUCACCACCCUUCUAGCAAGCAGCUGGAUUUGACUAACAACCAGUUUCUUAAAAAGAUUCAAAUGAGCUCCCGCUGCAGAUUCUAACUGAGAGGUCUGCUUUCAGCAGCACAGUUCUCCAUAUGGAAGGGGCCAAAGCAGUGACAUGGGGAAGUUUUGGAGAUAAAAACAUGUUGCAAGAAUUACAUUCCCCAUUCAACUGGUCACAGGCUCACCAGUGGCUCUGUAACAAAGGGUGGGUUGCUGGUUUUAAUUCAGUAGUGGCUCGUAAGAGCAACCAGUUAGAGGACUCCUUCUGACAGCCCCAAGAAGCCAUCCAAGAACUUUGACGUGGGCCUACUCCUCCCUGCCCACAUUGCAAACACCAUUGUGCAGUGACAAGGGUGAUGCUGGUGCAGGAGCACUGGGGCCCAAUCUCCAUCCUGUGCAGGUUAUUUUUAGCUUCUAAAAGAAAUUUGCUUUGGCAAAGGUUCUAAAAUACCUUUAGAUCUGAGAUAGAGCCUUACUGUAAUAUUUUAAUCCAAUUCUAAGAGAUCACACAAUUAAACAGGUUUGAGCCAGGAGCCAAGUCAUUUUCCAAUACCUUCUUCUUUUGAUCCCAUUAAGUACUACCAGCUCUUCAUGAUUAUGCACCAGGCUUGGGUAUGUAGUUUGUUUUUGUUGUUCCUGAAAUGCACCCUUGCCCACCUCAGGAUCUGCAGUUUUUCCAUCAGUAGCACGGAACCACUAGGUGGAAGCAAAACUUUCUGCAAUCCAGGUGUGGGGAGAGUGUUGGAUACUAAACUGACCACUUCCUACCUCUGCACAGAUCAUGGAACUGGAUGCCUAUCAAAGAUCUUCUGGCUUAAGAGCCAGAAAGACGUUAUCCCUUUGGUGGUUUUCAUGCACUGCACUACAGUUUACCUAAAGCCACAUAUCCCUGCAGCAAAAUCCAGGAUUCUCCAGCAUAGGAAGUUCAAGUAUAAAUCAACUACACAGCAGAAACCAGAGAAGUUAUUUGGGUCAGGUUUUUUCAACAAAUAAACUUAGCAGUGCACAUCUCCCCAGCUAAAUGAGAACAAAAUCAGUCAAGCUUUUAAUCUAUGUUUUAAUGGAAAAGAUCGAUGCCUUAACUACAAAAUAUUUUUAAAUACAUAAAUAAGUUACUGUAAUAAAAAAUAACUGUUUGAACUUCUGUCUUGCAUAAAUACCACAUCUGCACUUAAACUCUGAUGCUCUCUUCAUGGAGCUUUGGUCUGCAUAAUAUUUCUCACCUGACAGCUUAACUACAGCACUGCUUUUGGAAUUACUUCACUCUACAGUGAAGUAGGGGUCUGAAUUAACUGCUUUUCAUCCAUUCUCUGCCCACUGCAUAGAAACACUGUCUCUGCACAGCUGCUGAAGAGGCUCUUAAGAAGAGGCUGUUCCCACACGCAUUAUCCUGAACAGUGUGUUGAAGUUGUUGCUUCUUAUUGCAUCCCGACAAGCACUGAUCACUUGUGUCUUAGGUUUGCCAACUGCAAAGAGGAAAAAAAGGAAAGAAUACGAAAAAACCCUCAGUUACAGAGUAAGAAACUGGUAAAAAUACUUAUUUGAUCCAGUCUGAAAAUUUAGGGGUUUCUUUCCAACACUUUUUAAACACAUGAUGAAACACCACGUUUUUUCUAGUACAUAAGUGAAAUCCUUUCUUUAAAGAAGAAUUGCCUGUAGCUCUGUUUUAUGAGAGCUUGUUGGAAGGGGAAUGCUAUAAACAUACAAAAAAGUACCUCCCUCCCCAAAGACCUACAGGACUAAUAAUGCAGAUAAAACAGUCCUGCUUAAGUUGGUAAUUGCUUUUUUUAAAGCAGAAUUAUAAAUUAAGAAUUGAAGUCAUUCUAAAAGCAUUUUUAAAGUAGUAUGUUCAACAAAACUAUCAAUUUCUGCCUCGUUUAGAAAUCCGGAAACUAUUUCAAAUUGUUCUAAAAUUCUGAUUCCAGAUUAUACGGGACACCCACAGUUGACUGUCACAUGUAAUUGGCUAUGACUGAAGAACGAAAGAUUAUUUAUACUGAGUUUUGGGCCAAAAAGCCUGAAGUCAUUUAACCAACCCAGCUGACCUCUGGGACACAUCUUAUCUGCCUCACUGGGGUCUGAGACUCCCUAUUCCUUUCAAAAACACAGACUUACCACGUAACCGCCCAGCCCUCUGGAUUGCCUGAUUCACAGCUUUCAGGUUAUUCAACAGCUCUGUGUGAUUAUUGCAACGAAUUUUGUACUGAUUUAUUAAAUCUCUGUUCAGGUCAUACA